GGUCCACUCUGAACCGUAUUGUACAUAUUUGUUGAUAAUUAUGAUACCUAAUGUCAUCUAAAUUUGUUGUAAAUAGUGAUAAAGCGAAUCCCAGGUUGUUACCCGGUUAAGAGAAGAUAAGUUACAUAGUGAAACUGUCAAACUUAUCGAGGUUAAGUUUUGAACAGAUGACAUAAUAUUACUCGUAAAUGCAGCAAAUUCGAGUGGUGUUGGUUUAUUUUCUGCCAUGACUCAUACCUACUCAGUUGAUGAUGAUACGUUGCUGAUCGCACAUAAAAUGUCUGACACUAGCAAAAAGCGAACAAAUAGCUUUCGAAAACUAUUUCCACAAUUAUUUUUUUCCCAAAGAAGUAAAGAAAAGACUACAGUUGGUAAAGAUCUCAAAAAUCAGAAGAGUAAUCCUGAGCAUUCUCUGAUAAGUAACCAAUAUCAAAACCCUCAAACGGUUACAGCAAAAGCAACUCAAGUAAAUGAAACAAGUGAUGAAAAUAUUUAUGAAAACCUUACAGCAUCGCAUCGUAUAUUUAGUGAAAACGAUAACUACAGCCAAGACAUACCUAGUAAUCAUUCAUCAAGCAGCACUCUGGUCUCAGAAAGUGUUAAAAAUAAAUUAAUUGUUGAAAAUGAUGUAAAUGAAAUAGUUAACUACAGAGAGAUUGAUUGUAGAGAUUAUAAUGCCAAGCCGCAAGUCCCCCGGAAACCUCAGAGUGAAAUAAUCCACAGUAAAAUGAGCGAUAACUCGAUAGUAGAUAGUUUCAAAACUCCACAAUAUCCAGAUGUAUAUUAUCAUUCUCUAGAAAAAUUGACAGGUAAAAUAACACCUCUUGAUGAAAUUGAUAUUUAUAGAGCUUCAAAAGUUCAUGCCGAUCCUGCUCCAGUAGGCGCAGAAAUAAAAAAAGUCAGUACUAGAUUUCUUAUUUCACCCAAGAAAGAAGCGGAAGUACGCACUAUUCAACCAAAUAGGGCUCGCAGCUUAUCACUGGAUAAGAAUAAUGACAGAUCGCGUAACAGAAAUACUGAUAAAGACAUUUUUAACGAAAUUAUUAUAAAGCCAUACAAUUAUUCAGCACCCACUUCACCAAUGCCAAUUAUUCAUAAGAUCCCAAAUAUGCCUAAGAUGGUGUCACCUUAUGAACAUGUUAGAAAGACAAUGAUGGAAGCGGAAGAAAAGCGAAAUUCACUUAGUCGAUCUAGUCAACGAAAUAAGUCUUCGCCUUCACCCAGACAACUAGAUCAAAAUGAAGUCAGAUCUGUACAACCGCAUAAAGAUAAUGUUAAAGUUGACAAUGUUGCAGUGGAAAAGGAAAAAACUCGUCAGAAAGUAGAGGCAUUUUAUUGGCAAAAAUUAAAAGAACAGAAGCUGAAGGAAGACGAGUUUUUAUUAAGGCAGUCUAUGAGAUCUCCCAUGCAUGGUCAUAAUAAUACUACAUACAACAUGACAUAUUCUAACUCUAGUUGCAGUUCUCCAAACUCUUUUAUCAUAGAGCCCAGAAGUUACAGUUUACCAAGAGGCAAAGAGUUAACGAAUUAUAUAACAAAUCAAACAAUAUAUUCGAAAUCUCCAUUCGUAAGAAAUGCUCCAGAAAGACGAACUGAUUCAUUUAUAAAGGGCCGAAGUGAAUUUUAUGGAGAGCAAGAUAUAAUUUAUAGACAUCCUGAAAAGUUAUUUAUAAAGGACAGCGUUUUAUCAAUAGUAGAAGAUAAAAAGCCUGUGGUAAUUUUAAAUCGAGGUACCUUAUCGCAAGAAACGAGAGAUAUUAAUCAGCAAACCAAACGAGUCAGUUUUGAAGAACAGUACUUAAAUAAUGCUACUGUACAAGUGAACGAUGCGAUCAAAAAGCUCAGCACGGAUUCUAAAGAGGCGAAUGAGUGUGUGAAAACAAUUAAUUCUCAGGUCGAGUAUUCGCCAAAUGCUUUGAAAAUCAGAAGCGGAAGCAGGGGAUCUUCAAGUAUUCCCCCAAAGCCGCCUGUUCGUACGACAAGUGUUAACAGUGUCGGAAAAAAUAAUAAAGUAAUAAAUAAUAACAAGAAAAACAACUCUCAAUUUGGUGGCCAAAUUAUUUAUUCCGAAUCAGAGAGCGGCUCCGAAGCUAGUGAAAUUCAGAGGAUUCUUCAAAACAACUCCCGUAAAGAAGAAGACUGGCAUGGAGAUGGUUCACGAAUCGAUGGUGGGUUGUCGGAUGGGGAGCAGAACCGAAGCUCUUCCAGGGGCAGAACUUCCCGUCGCGACGAUCCACGGCGCCACACCCUCGCCGGAAAUCACUAUUACAUUCAGAACCAUCCUGGCCAGAUACCCCAUGACCUUGAGCAUCGGGGACCUCAACCAGCAAAUAUGAAUUCGCCUGAGUAUGCCAUCGUUACCAAGUUCCGCGAUACAAAAAAUAAUAUAAUAUCAAAUCAGUUCGCACGAAAGCCCCCCCUACCCCGAAGCUACCCGCCGCCCAAUGCGUUGCUCUUCGACGAUGACCCCGGGAUCAUGUCCGAGGUGGAGACCGCGUCGACAGGAUUCCGGCGCGGCGGGAAGCAACGCUCCUCUCUCCCUGUAGUACGCACACCGAGCAAGACCCUCGAAAGACCUUUGGGAAUUUCUAUUGCAGGUCUGGUGUUCCUGCAAUACAGGAACGAGACAAAGCGUGCGCUGCUACCGAACGAGAUCACGUCCAUAGAUACAGUGAAAGCGCUCUUCGUUCGCAGUUUCCCCAAACAACUCACUAUGCAGUACAUGGAUAGCCCUUUGGUCAAAAUCUACAUUCACGACUCCUCCAAAGAUAUGUUCUACGAGUUGGAAGACGACCGGUCUCACCUACGGGAUAUCCGGGACCGCUCAGUGCUGCGUCUGUUUGAGUCGACAGACAUCGGGGGUGGCGCGUUCCCGGGAGUCGUGGGUGUAGGUUCUGUGCCCAUGCCUGCCGGAGCGGCCACCUGUUCUGGCCCUUCGAGCUGGGAUCAGGACCAGAACUACUUCAGCGAGCCCGAAAUGGAUUCCGAGUACCAUCACCAACAUGUACACAAGUCGAAGGUGAAGGCACCUGCUUACUACAUCGGCACGCAUGCCCCGAGCACGCUGCCCCGCGGUGGCUCCCUGAUGCGCGCCUUCUCGCCGGCGGCGCCGCCGGUGCCCGCCGACCGCGUCAAGAACCUACCUGCCGGAUCGAAUGGUGGUACAGGGCACGCCGGCGAGGGCUACAUGUCGUCGCCGGAGCGCGGCGGGCCGCGCGCGCCCUACGAGGACCCGUACUACACCCAGUACCUGGGCCCGGCUGCCGUCAGGCCCAACAUCACGCCCAUCAUCGACGAGGAAGCUGGGGAUGGGAUCAUAGAUGAUGCCUAUCAAAUGUACGGAGUCAACCCCAUCACCACCGCUCCGAGACCAAUGCCUCGUCCGCCAUACGACGCCAGGCUGACCACACAAGUUGAUGAUAUGCAACGCCUCCGCGUUGAAAAGAUGGAGCGGCAGCUUGCCAAUUUGACGGGCCUGGUGCAGAAGGCACUGCAGGUGCCAGGCCCCGCCGCCCCGCCGGCUGCUGCGCCGCGCCAAGACUUCCCCGCCACCUUCUCAGCUCGACCACCGACCACUGAUGCCGCGAGAUUUGCCAGCAACGAGAGACCCCCUAAAUUAGGGAGAGAUAAAUUUCAGAAGUCAGUGUCAUUUGAGAAAUCGGUAUCAUUUAGCGAUGACCCACCUGACAUGAACUCCCCCAAACAACAUUCGCCACAGCAUUCAGCUGAUACAAAACCAACCAAACCGGCAAUCAAAUCAUCGACUUUGCCGCGGACCUCGUCGCAAGAGCGCGACCGCCUGAAGCCCGCUCCUCCGCCGAAGCCGGCCGGCCUGGUGGGCCAGCAGCUGGCCCUCGUGUCUCCCAGGACGUACACCAUCAACGUUACUCCUGAUUUCUUCAACCAGCUCCGCGUUCUGCAGAAGCAGAGCCGGGACCUGAGGAUCGAGACACGAAAUUUGCGUCGGUCAACACUGACCCAUGCCAUCCAGAUGCGCCAGCUGAUGGCUGAAACCAUCGUGAAGAUUGGUGCCAUUGCUGCUAGUUUCUGCGAGCAGGACCCUGACUCGCAACUGACCCGCGAGGAAGAGAUCUACCGCCAAGACAUGCUUCUGCUCGAGAACGACUUGUACGAGCUGGAAGCUACGGUGGAGCGUCUGCGCGGGCAGGCUGCUAACAGAGAGACCCGCGUGAACAUGGCGGACAUCGAGCGCAUCGCUAUGGUGCUCUCCAAGAGCAGCAAGACGGUGGCCGACUGGAAGCUGAAGUUCCCCAUCCUGCAGGAGACCAUGAAGGUCAAGCUCGCCGCUGAGAUGGAGAAGGUGGUCCGCAAAGAGAAGAUGCUGGAGGAAGAACCGGAGCGCCUGGAGCUGGCUCUGCGCCGCUGCAAGAAGCUGACCGGAACCCUGGUCACUCUAAAGAGGCUGGCCUGCGUGCAAGAGCAGCGCCUGCCGAUGGCCGACGGCCGCUCGUCCCCGGGCUCCUCCCAGAGCUCCACCACUUUCACCCCGGGGCCCUCCUCCGAAGAGUUCGCCUCCGAUAGCACCUGCCAACUGCCGCAGGUCCAUAACAAGGGUCCCGUCGGGUGCAACGGGCGAGGCUCGGGCCGAGGAGCCGACGUGCGGCCGGAGAACGCCCUCGACGCUCUACUAGACGAGCUGCAGACGUUCGCCAAGCCGGGCGAGCGCGCGCGCGGCGACGGGCCGCUGCGGCGCCUGCACUCGUACCCGAGCGGCAGCGACACGGACGCGUCGCCGCCCGUGCGCGCGCGCGGCCAGCACGCGCCCAAGCCGCCCGUGCCCGAACGCCACCCCGAGCUCCUGGCGCUCGCCGCGCGCCGCCCGCCCCCGCCCCCGCCGCGCACCUCCUCGCGCUCGCCGCUCGCCUCGCCGCCCUCCCCCGCCUCGCCCGCCUCCCCCCAGCGCUCCGACUCCGCCAACUCCGAGCCCGACGACAAGUCCGCCUGCCGCCAGGCGCUGCUCGAGCACCGCCACCAGGAGCUGCUGAAGAAGCAGAAGGCGCUGCAGGAGCAGUACGCGCGCCUGCAGAUGAUCCAGCGCAGCGGGCCCGCGCUGCCGCCGGCCGCGCAGCCCGACCUCAAGAAGACGGGCAGCGAGUCCAACCUGCUCACCAAGAUGAGCCUCAACCUGGCGCCCGCCACGUCGGGCAGCAUGACGCACCUGGCCGGCGACUGCGAGCGCGCCAAGGACCCGCUGCUGGCGGACAAGCCCACGCUGGGCCCCAAGCCGGUGGAAUCGGUCGCCACUACUAAUAAAGUUUACGAGACUGACAUACUGUGACCUAGUUACCGCUUUAUGGCACCCGUAUUAGUUCUAGUUUCAUUCGCGAUAACGAAACCAGUAGAUGCGAUAGCCACACCUAAAUACCCCCCCAAAAGUCACGCUUCAUAGUAUAGGCUUUGUCUUUUCUGUUUAUCUCAUUUUUCCGCGUUAGCUGAUCCAAAAUCCUCAACACUAAUAAUUGACCGUUUAAAAAUGAUGAAAUAUGGACCGCCGAUUACAUAUUUUCAAUAUAAUAAUAUAGUACUGUUGCAAAGAACAAAAAAAAUCCAAAAAAAUCAAUAAAUGUUUAGCACUUCAGAUGUCAAUAUUGGCAUAAUGUCGUAAGUCUGUAAUCUACUUUAAUUAGAAAAUUUUGAAAGAUUUUAAGCCAUUUCGGCUUUUAUUUCACCAUCAGUCCCGUUUUGUACAUAGGUAACAUUUGUUGUAACCUAGCUCCUUUUCUAUAAUUAUACUAUCGAGUAACCUAUAUCUAAGCAUUUUCUUAAAUUAAGUGCCAAACUAUUUCCGAUGUCCUCUUCAAAAGUGAAACUUUAAGCAACGACUUCUCGCCCCUGCGCCAGCGCCGCGGGCUUAUUCUCUUAAGUUCAACUUCAACAAAUUUACUUUCUGUACAACGAAAAUUAAGUUGUGUAACUAUAAAAGUACUAGCAAAAUUCUUCUAUAUUCAUUGAGUUAUAAUGUACGAGUAAUAUUACUUCAAUGUCUAUAGUAAACUAUUUAAUAUUUUUGACGGCUCGUUUUAUGAAUAUUUAGUCAUUACUCGACUGUGAUACGAAGUUACCUAAUUAAAAUGCGUAAGAAUUGAAUUCAUUUUUUAACUCUACUAUUUAUAUUUUAGUGCCCUUCCCCAUAUAAGUUCGUCAUCAACUGUGUUUAUUUUUAUUACGAAUUAUGUCAAUUUGACAUAAUAUAAAAAAAUAGUUGUAAAAUUAAAUGUUGUGGCAUCAAUCUGUACUCGCGCAUGAAAACCGUCAUAAAUAUUAGCAUAGUUAAAAUCGAUCAUUAAAAAAUUAUAAAUGUGGAUUAUGUGGACAAAUUGAUGAAAUCGAGUGAUAUUAUAUAUGAAAUUAUUCAUUAAAAUAUCCUUAUUUUUAGACUCGAAAUAUAUCUGCAUUAGAGCGUGUAUAAUAGAGUCUAGUAUAAAGAAAAUCCCUAGUAAGUAUAAAGAAAAAAAGUAAAUGUUUGCGCUUUUUCAUGUUUGUUGCAAGUGACACGUAAAAUUUAUCAUUAUGCACAAAUAUUUCCAGCACAUUAGAUUAUAUUAUUUGUGAGAGUUUAUGAAAAGUUUUAAUAGCAGAGAUAACAACUUCUAUUGAGUUAUCGAGCUUUUUCAUGCUUGUACCUCCUCUGUGCUCAGAAUGUGACAAAAAUAUAUUUUCACACGACUUAAGUUACACUACCAUUUAUCUUUAUCGUUGUACUCUAUGCUGCUACCAUAGUAACUGUAAGGAAUUGUGACUAUUAUUUUUGACAUUCCUCUAUCUAUUAUUCAGUUGCCGAUGUGUCCCCCAAGUGGAUAAUAAUUAUAUGUAUAAGUAUACGUUUAUUUUUAUUUAACCACGUUUAUAAUGCAUACUGUAAUUUUAGUUCACACACAUCUAUACGAAAGUACCUACUUAUAUAGGUAAGAUACAGUAAGAUAUCAUGUAACUAAGUAUUAGACCCAUUCAUCCGAUGUGUGUGUUUUUUUAAAGUUGUAAACGACUUGAGUACAUUUUAUUUAAUUAACAUUGUACUUAAUGUUUUUCUUCAAAUGUAUAUUUUGCCAUCAAUUAAUGUAUAUUUAUUGAAAUAAGUUUAUACAAAUGCAUUGAUAAGGUCGAUAUUGCCAAACAGGACAUGUUCAUUUUAUUAUUAUUUAAAAAAGUGCCAAAAUUAAAAAAAAAAAAUGAUUUGUUUUACAUUAAGUAAAAUGAUGUUUGUGAUGAUUUUUAAUGUUUGUAUUAUUAUUUAUAAUAUACAUAAGUAUCGUUGUUACUUAAUUGUUUUGAAAAGGAUGGCUCGGCGAGCAGUAUGAGCAGAGAUUUUCACCAUUUUAGAUUUAUUUAAGAAAACAAUUCAAACUCAAAAGCAAUUUUUUUUUAAAUUCUCUUUACGCCAUACAGACCGGUUCUGAUAAGGAUCAAAGGACUGUCAGACCAACUGGGGUUAGAGCACCAGAAAUGUCAGCUUGAUUAUAAUAAUUAUAUUUUAUUUUAAUAGACAAUAAGACGAAAUUGUAUUAUAUGGCUGGCCGCUAUAAAUUAUUCAAUCAUCUUUCGUUUAUUUUUUUUAUUUUGAAAUAUUUUUUGUUUGUUUUUGUAGUGGCCAGUACAUCAACAUUUCUAGAACUCUUAGUCUUUAUGGUAUAGGACUAAAAGGUCGUGCCUGUUUGUCUGAUAUUCUUUUGAUGCCUACCACAACCGAAAGGCUGUCUGGUGAUUUGUGAAAUUGCUCCGUAUGAUAAUUUCUGCUCUAUUUUUAUCCAAAUUCGCAGCUGCAGAAUAAAAAAGCACAUAAAGUACCUGCUCUUACAGCUCCGUCUCCAAAAUCCAUGUAUUACAGAGUAAUCAUUUUAGCUUAAAGCUUUUAAUAGUUAUGUUGUAUUUUAUUAAAUGUUAAGUUAAUACUAUUGUAAUUCUUAUUUAGUUGUAAUAGUUCAUGUUAAUUGUAUAGUUAUAAAACAGAAAUAGCUUCAGAAUAUUUUAAUUGUAAAAUUAAAUAUAAUAAAUAUAUACACGUGAAGUUAA